CCAGGGGCUAUCCUCGCUAGCUAUAGGUGGUGGAAGGAUCGACCCUUGAUUAAUUCACGAUGACACGUACAUCUCCUUGCUUGAGCAAGGUGUUCAGGUUCGGGAGGCCUGGUUCUGGAACAGUAUGGGCUUCACUACACAUCAUUGUAAUGGCCGCGACCGCCAUGAUGAUGUCUGUGAGUGCAAGCCCACCGGCAGACCCCAUCAGAUGCACCUCAAGCGGCUGCACCAUAACAAAUUCCUACGGAACCUUCCCUGACCGAAGCACAUGCAAAGCAGGGGCUGCGGCAUUUCCAACGUCGGAAGAAGAGCUGGUGUGGGUGGUGGGAAAUGCGACGAAGUCCAGGAGGAAGAUGAAAGUGGCGACACACUCCUCUCACAGCAUACCAAAACUCGUGUGUCCGGACGGGGAGGACGGGCUGCUGGUGAGCACCAAGUACAUGAAGAGGAUAGUGAGGGUGGACCGGCAAGGGAUGAGGAUGAGCGUGGAGGGAGGGGUGACUCUGAGGCAGUUGAUAGAGGAGGCGGCCAAGGCAGGGAUGGCGCUGCCAUAUGCGCCAUACUGGUGGGGUGUGACGGUGGGAGGGAUGCUGGGGACGGGGGCGCACGGCAGCUCCUUGUGGGGGAAAGGGAGUGCAUUGCACGAUUACGUGGAGGCAAUGCGAAUAGUGAGUCCUGGAAGGCCCGGAGAUGGUUACGCCAAGAUCAGGACGCUGGAUGUGAAUAGGAACAGCACUCGUGCAGAGAUGGACGCGGUCAAAGUGUCGCUUGGGGUUCUAGGAGUCAUCUCCCAGGUAACACUGAAACUGCAACCGCUAUUUAAACGAUCCUUAACAUACUUGAUUAAGGAUGAUUCAGACUUGGAAGAACAGGCAACCAGUUUUGGUAAACAACAUGAGUUUGCAGAUAUUAUGUGGUAUCCGAGCCAACGGAAGGCAAUCUAUCGCAUUGAUGACCGAGUCACUUUCAAUGCAGUCGGCAAUGGACUCUAUGAUUUCACCCCAUUUCGUUCCACACCUUCUCUCACUUUGGCACUAGUCAGAUCUAUUGAGGAAUUGCAAGAGUCCCUAAAUGAUGCCGAGGGGAAAUGCAACAGUGCAAAGCUAGUUUCUUCUACCUUCGAGACCAUUGCUUAUGGAUUGACAAACAACGGUAUCAUCUUCACCGGAUAUCCAGUAAUUGGGUAUCACAAUAAGCUACAAUCGUCAGGAACCUGCCUAGACAGUCCCCAAGAUGGUCUGAUUACUGCUUGUCCAUGGGAUCCACGGGUCGAGGGGGAGUUCUUUUACCAAACCACAUUUAGCGUCGGACUCUCUAUGGUAAAGAACUUCAUCAAAGACAUUCAACAGCUUAUUGUACUUGAGCCUAAAGCAUUGUGCGGAGUGGAGCUCUACAAUGGCAUCCUCAUGCGAUAUGUUACGGCCUCUAGUGCUUACCUGGGCAAGCAAGAGGACGCAGUAGACUUUGAUAUCACUUACUACAAGAGCAAGGAUCCGCUAAGCCCGAGGCUAUACGAAGAUGUGCUUGAAGAAAUAGAACAGAUGGCGCUUUUCAAGUAUAACGCACUGCCUCACUGGGGGAAGAACAGGAACUUGGCAUUUGAUGGAGUGAUAAAAAAGUAUAAAAAAGCCCGAGAAUUUUUGAAAGUGAAGGAGAUGUAUGAUCCGCUAGGGCUGUUUUCUAGUGAAUGGACAGACCAAGUUCUUGGACUCAAGGAGGGUGUGAGCAUAGUUAGGGAUGGAUGUGCACUUGAGGGAUUGUGCAUUUGUUCACAAGAUGCACACUGCGCACCCAAGAAGGGCUACUAUUGCAGAUCGGGAAAAGUCUACAAAGAGGCCAAAGUUUGUACUCGAAUCAAUUCCAAAAUGCGGUAAAGACCUGAUUUCAUCACUCUUAGGUUUCAAGGUGGAACAAAGCUCCUCACAGCUUCAUAUGGUUGCACUAAUUGUGUAUCCUGUGUGCUGGUACGGAGAUCAUGUUGUAUUUGAAAGGAGAAUGAGAUCAAGAAAUUAGAAUG